GAUGAUUCUCUUCUCCUAAUAAAAGGUAAGAGUCUUUGAGCAUCCAAAUUUUCAUUGAAUCUCUCUCUCCUCCACUUGUGACACACCCCAUAAUCCGCCAAACACAACGGAACGAGGCCGUGUAUGGAGCCGUUUUCUGUCUCUGUAUACUGAUUUUUAACUGCCAAAGCUCUAAGCCCAGAGGAAUAAUCUCUGAUCAUUGCGAGUUUAGGGUUGUUGUUCCACAGAGUUGGAGAUAAAAUGCUUGGGGUGUUAUCGUGGGCAUUAUAGCGAUUGUAGCCGUUAUGCAGUGUUUUUGUUGUAUCUAAGUCUUAAAAGAGUAGCUUAUUGUUUCAGUGAUGGCCUCGAAGACUGGCUCUAGGAAUCACCUGGGAUUGCAGCAAAAAGCUGUCGGCGCUCAUUAUGCAGUCACGGCGCAUGAUCUCAAAUCUUUGCCCCUAAAGACUAACAAGCCGAAGCUGAGUAAACCAGAGAAGGCUGAAGAAUCUGGUAUGGAUACUACUGGGGAGCCUAGAGAAGAUGUUGAGUCCAAACUAUCUCAAAUUAAUCUUGAGGAUUCGUCGAAUGUGUCACCUGGUCACUCAGAUUCCAAAUCUGAGCAAGUGUCCACAGCUGGAGAUGUUGAUGUACGCGAGAAUGAAGUCUCCAUCGAAACUUCUGAGGAUCAAGAAAAGAAAAUAUCUAAUCCAUGCAGUGCGAAGAACAGCUCCGUUUCUGCAAAGAUUAGUGAUGCACCAGCAAAAACUAGUGGAAGUGCCAAAGUGAGCGAUAGAGUAGAGCUCGAGAGUGGGAAGAGCAGCGUGUGCCGUGGAAGCACUGGCAGUGAUGUGAGUGAUGAGAGCACCUGUAGCAGCUUUAGUAGCGGUAUCAACAAACCCCAUAAAGCAAACGACAUACGAUGGGAAGCCAUCCAAGCACUUCGAUCCAGAGAUGGUGUAAUUGGAUUGAGCCAUUUCAGGCUGCUGAAAAGAUUAGGUUGUGGAGAUAUCGGGAGUGUUUAUCUGGCUGAGUUGACCGGAACUAAAUGUUAUUUCGCAAUGAAAGUUAUGGACAAGGCAUCUUUAGCUGGCCGUAAGAAGCUUCUCCGUGCUCAGACUGAAAGAGAGAUACUCCAGUCCCUCGACCAUCCCUUCCUUCCGACUCUGUACAUCCAUUUUGAAACCGAUAAAUUUUCAUGUUUGGUCAUGGAAUUCUGCCCAGGAGGAGACCUACACACUCUUAGACAGAGACAGCAAGGAAAAUAUUUCUCCGAACAAGCAGUCAAGUUUUAUGUUGCAGAAGUGCUGCUUUCGUUGGAGUAUUUACACAUGCUUGGGAUCGUUUAUCGCGAUCUCAAGCCAGAAAACGUCCUUGUCAGGGACGACGGCCAUAUCAUGCUCUCAGACUUUGAUCUCUCACUUCGUUGUGCUGUCAGCCCUACUCUGGUGAAGACCUCCUCUCUCGACACCGACCCCCAGCGCAAAACCCCCAGUUACUGUGCCCAACCAGCUUGCAUCGAACCAUCCUGCAUUACGCCAUCGUGCGUCGUCCCAACAUCGUGCUUCUCUCCGCGUCUCUUCUCCAGCAAAUCCAAGAAGGACAAGAAGCCCAAGAACAAAAACGAAAUCGGCAACCAAGUGAGCCCCUUGCCCGAGCUGAUGGCCGAGCCAAGCAACGCCCGGUCGAUGUCUUUCGUCGGUACACACGAGUAUCUGGCCCCCGAGAUCAUCAAAGGCGAAGGCCACGGAAGCGCAGUCGACUGGUGGACAUUCGGCAUCUUCCUAUACGAGCUCUUAUUCGGCAAAACUCCCUUCAAGGGAUCCGGCAACCGAGCCACACUAUUCAACGUCGUAGGGCAGCCUCUCCGCUUCCCGGAAUCGCCCGUUGUCAGCUUCGCUGCUCGGGACUUGAUAAGAGGAUUACUCGUGAAGGAGCCUCAGCACAGGCUGGCCUACAAACGAGGCGCCACGGAGAUAAAGCAGCACCCUUUCUUCGAAGGGGUGAACUGGGCGCUGAUACGUUGUGCCACCCCACCGGAGAUCCCGAAGCCUGUCGACUACGAGCGGCUGCCUGUCCCCGCUGCAGCACCGGGCAACGAAAAGGCGGCUGCCGCUGCUGCUGCUCCUGGUGGUGAUCAGAAAAGUGACAAGUAUCUUGAGUUUGAUUUCUUCUAGUGGCAAAAGGUGUGAGAAAUGAGUGUGUGGAGGUGGAUUGUUUGAGGUUGGAUAGCUACAGAAUUGAAGUGAUAUGUAUAAUUUGUGGUAGGGAAAGAAGGUUGUUGGAUUCAAGGAAAUGUAGGACCAAAUUAUAAAUGGUGUUUUCAUCAUCUGUUUAGUCUUUAAUGUUUAUCCA